UUGUGUCACAGGGCUGUCAGUCACAUGUCAAGAAACCGGUGUUUGAGAACAUGAGCCAUGUGUGAGAAAUGUUAGAGAAACCUUACGAAAUGUAACCUGUCCAGACCUGAAGAUGAAAGCCCUGGAGGGGACAGGCUGUGUCUGCUGCUUGUUGGCUGCACUGCUGCUGACAUUCGCUGCGGCAAACAACCACAGUGGGGAGACAGAGACCCACCAUGCGAGUGCAGGACGCCUCCUCUUACUGAAGUGUCCCUUUGGAGACACUCACACCAACGUGACCUGGGGCAGAGCAGGGAGUCAGAAUGGGAGCCUGCCCAGUGGAGUGGAGGUCCGGGCUGGGCUACUCUGGUUUCUACCUGUGCAGACUUCUCAUGAUGGAACCUAUACCUGUGAGAAAAGGUACAAGACUGGACCAUUGAAGAUGAACUUUAGGUUGUCGGUGUCGUCCGGAGAGUGUCCUGAUCCAUCUGAAAACAUUUCAACCCUGAGCGGAUUCAGUGCAAGUCUUCCCUGCAAACAGAGAGAGAUCUUCCAACAGAAUAACAUUAGGGGCAUAAGAUGGAUGAAGGACUGCCGCCUAAUUGAGCCGAUGUCUUUGAAGGAGAACGGCCACAUGCGGCUGCAUCCAGCCUCAAAGGAGGCUGCUGGGAAUUACACCUGCCUGGUUGAUGUUAGCUUGGAUGGGAGGAACUACACAGCUGCACGUAGCAUCCGGCUGACCAUGAAUGGUUUGUACUACACAAUAAUAACAGACCCGGUGCUGCUGUUCCCCAGAGAAGUAGGAGAAGUGGUCCUGGUUGAAGUGGGUAUGAGAGCAGAGCUGGAGUGUAAGGCCUACAUAGGUUUCAGUGAGGACCAUAUCACGCCCAUGUUCUGGACUAUUAAUGGGAAAUUCGUUGAGGAUCUGGAGGGACUCAAGGAGACCAGGAAAUAUACUCAUGAUAGUGGGAAGGUGUACAGUCUGUCCACUCUGUCCAUCUCUGAGGUUCCUCGUCUCUUCCUCAAUGUCCCCAUUCAGUGCCAUAUAAUGACCCGAACAGGAGAGAAGAUCGGUUUGGUGCUGCUUCGAGAAGCCGACCACAGUGCCUUCUACACCAGCAUUGCCCUCUGUCUUACUGGCAUCGUAGCGUCACUGGCCCUGGCUGCUGGCUUCCUCUUCUUCAAAGUAGAUGUGGUGUUGGCUUACAGGAAACUGUUGAGAGAUUUUUCCAAACAAGUUCCAGAUGGGAAACUCUACGAUGGUUAUGUGAGCUUCCUCCAUCCAGACAGCCUGAGCUCAUCUGAGACAGAGAACUUUGCCCUUCAUAUCCUGCCUGAGGAGCUGGAGAAGAAACAUGGCUACUCCCUGUACAUCAGAGGACGAGACAACUGCCCCGGAGAAGCCUUCCAUGACGUCAUAGCUGCUACUCUCCAGCAGUGCUGCAGACUGAUCAUCAUACUGCCUCGUGAGACAAAAUCUCCCGAAGUCAAAACAGAGGAAAUGUCACCGUUAUGCAACGACCAAAACCAGCUGUGCUACGAACAGACAAUAGGCAUUUACGACGCUUUGACGCAGAAUGACACCCGAGUCAUCCUGGUGGAAAUCGGUGGCCCAGUGGAUUACAACCGCCUGCCAGAGUCUCUUCACUACAUCAAGAGGAAACAAGGAUCUUUGAAGUGGGAGAAAUCCUCACCUGGAACCCACAGUCUCAGCAAGUUGCACUCAAACAGAAAGUUCUGGAAGAAUCUGAGGUACCACAUGCCCUCAGUGCCCGUUGGAAAACACCAGACAAUUAUUUAACCCAAGUGGAAAAACUUUAUCCAGCCUCCAACAUAGAUGUAAGCUUUGUUACAACGUGAGCUUUAGAGCUGCUUCCUUAAGAUAUAAGCUUGGGUCUGACAUGUGGAAACCAGACUGCAUCCUGAAACGCACUGUACACCAUUACGGGGCCAGCCAUCAUCAGGAUUUUGUUAUCAUUACUGGCUAAUGUAAACACUGAGUCUUUGACUUGCUCAUUUACAACCUACGCAAGCGAUUCCACACUGUGUGCAAGGAAUCUGCUGAAUUUCUUCUACAUACUAAGAUGUACUUUGGAAAUACACUGAUGCACAUAUUUCCCCACAGUGCAUCGAUGCACUGUAUUCAUGUGUAUUUGAGUGGUUUGUCUUGUUGACCCAUCAAACCACUCUUUACAGAGUGGUGACGACAUUCUACUCUUACUGUUUUUCUCUUCCGGACAUAAUGGCUUAACACGAGGGCUCUCAGUAUCAUUUACUAGAAUGCAAGCCUAUUUAUGCAUUAGUAUAUUUUUAUAUUUAAGAUAUUCUGUUUCAGUUAUUGCAGAUAGCUUUUUUGAUUUGAGUAUUUUCCUUUGUCUCUACUUCUCUGACGUCGAAUGAAAGUAACAAAAUGGUUUGAAGAAAGAGAGAAAACCUUUCAAGAUAAUCUUAACUCGGUUUUCAGUAGUUAGGUAACAACUGAAUAAACUGGUUAGAUAAUCAGAAUAAAAUGAGUGUCAGCUUUGGCAAUGUUCUUCAGCGCAUUCUCAGCCGCCUCCUUCACCUUUUACUAUGACAGAAAAAAUGUGUAUAUCUAACCUGUGAUUACAGAUUUAACCUCCCAACUGUAUGACCUCAUAUUCUCUUGUUGCGUAUGUCAGUUAUCAUAAAACAUAUUUUAUUUAUCAGGUUGAAUACCACUGACUUCAGAGUGUGUCUGAUUAGGGAAGGAAAAUAACUGAUGAUUUUGAUGAAUUUCAUUAAAAAACACUGGUCAGUUACGUGGUCAGUUGCCACAUUUUCAUCUGCUGUUGUUGCAGUGACAUAUUCUUAGUCUAACUGGAACCUUGCAAUUGUUGACAGAUUGGGGAGAGUACAAGGGGAAUUUCCUUCAUCAUGUUAUUUUAAAGGUUAUUCAAGAUUAUCCGAGGUCACAGUUUUUCAAGAUGAGCAAUAUUUGGCUCAGUUUUAAGAAUAGGUGACACUGGAUUCAGCCAAUGCAAUUCCUCAACUGUAGCCCAUUUUAAAGAUUCUCCAAUAAUUAUACCCAGACUGACUGAAAAAAGUUAAAUUUCAAAUUGUGAUUUCAACACUUGAAGGCAUUGCUGUUUUUCACCUGAUCAGAUUUGUAGGAAGUUGGUGAAAAUGGUCCUAGAUCCAUCCCAAAAUUGUGUUGGUUCUACCUUGGCCCAUGUUCCAUCCUUCUAGCAAGUUAAAAAUUUGAAAUUCAUUUCAAAAUAUUUUAUUUUGUGUAAUCCUGCUGACAGACAAAGUCUUUGGUGGAGGUUAUCAAGUACGGCUGAGUGGUUUCGAUCGGGGAAAUCACUUCAUCUUUUUCAAACUCGCUGUCCCUGUGCAGACAUAAAUAUUGAGAUGCUUGAAGACUGUCUCAUGUUGAUGUUAGCUGAUUAGAAACAGUUGUAGAUAUCCCAUACUUGCUGACAGAUGUCUUGUGUCCAGCAACAACAGGAAAUAACUUCUUUGGAAAACCACUUAAGCUCAAAGCCCUUAAACCACCACUUUACGAUAUGAGUUAUAAAAGUAUGUGUAAAUGUGCACAAACAGAGGCAUCAUUGUCUCAGUUUUAGAGGCAAACACUGAGCACAAUUUCUAGUUUUGAAUUCAGUGUUUAAGAGUUUAAAAUUUCAACUAUAACCACACAUUCUUCUAAAGGCUUUAUUUGUAAGAAACGCCAAGCAUAAGAAACCACAACCCAUCAAUGACAGAUUCUGUGAAUCUAAACAAGUAUUUCCUGUUCAGCCUUUCAGAGAAACAUCUUAUCUUUGUUAUUUUAUCACUUCAGAACCUAAGAUAUCCUCUGCAGGUUUCUCUGUGCAGUCGAGUUUAAAAUAUAUACAACCAGUUUGGAAGCUGGCUGCUGAAUUUUUAGAUUCACACAGCUACAACGUUAUUAAGAGAACAAGUAUUCAGGCGGAUAACUGCAAACAAUAAGAUGAUUAUUUGUGGAUAAUUCCUUGGCUUUGCCUCUGGAGCUGGUGAUGAGGAACAGUUGUCUUGGCAGCUCCACAUUGAGGAGAGAAGUACUGUUUUAAAAACUGCAAACUCAAAAUAACUUGGGAGAAACCAUUUUACUCACUGAACAAUGAGGUCUGUGUUGUUUAUGAGCAACUUAUGCAAUACAUCUUUAUAUUUUAGAAAAGUACCCAUAUUUUAUGAAGGCCAAUCAUCCUCGAUUACUCAAUAACUGUGACUGUAAUUUUUGUUUUUUUUGCACAUCUUAUAUUCAUAUUUAUUUAUGUUCCUAACUUUACCUUUGCAGACAACUACUGUAAUUUUGCACGCUAGUCUUUUUUUGUCAUCUUCUGUAUUGAGUAUUUUUUUCUUCGCUCUAUUUGCAAUGCCCUUUAAAUGUUGCUGUAGCACAAUACUUUCCCAAGUUGGGAUCAAUAAAGUACAUCUAUAUACUCA